GAAGACACUUAAAGAAAAUUUUAUUACAAUAAAUCCACCAACAAUAGUGGUGUGUGAUAUGUACAAUAAUUGUGUUUACAUGUGUAAGACUCUGUAACAUACUACGGAAUAAUGCUAAAACCAUUUUCACAGUAAAAAGUUUAUUAAAAUCAUACAAGAAAUUUGAAACGAAGAAAACUUACAAUAUGUAUUUAAAACUUUUGUGUUUUAUUACAACCGAAAAUAUAGUAAUAAAUAUAAAAUUCGGACCCUGUUUAUAUGAGUAAAAUGGUCUGAUUUUCAAUAUAACACAAUGUAUUUAACCACUUUAAAUUCAAAUUAUGAACGUAGAAUUUGAUAGUUAACAGUCUAAUUAUUGGCUUUAGAAAUUAUUCAGCCAUCCUUGUCAUCUCCAAAGAAAGAUUGUUUUUCCUGUAAAAAAAACAACAUAACAACAACAGAUAUUGUGCAAUACCUGAGGUAGAUGAGCUCGCCCAGCUCAGCAGGCAGGCUGCGCAGCUUAUUGCUGGACAGGUCGAGCGCGCGCAGGUUCACCAGACGACAGAUGUCCGGCGGGAUGCGAGAAAGGCAGUUGUCAUUCAGGUACAAAGAAGUGAGAUGAGUGAGCUGCCACAAAUUUGGGCUUAAAUUCCGAAUAUCAAACCUGUUAUCUCCAGUUCCGGCCAAUGAGAUUUCUUUCCAGCAGCUGCGUCCUCCGCGGACAUGAUGGUGUGUGCACGACGCGGAUUACAGUUUUCAUACUUGUCCUUGUGGUUGCGAGACAUGCUAAAUCCUUCAUCUACCUCUGAACACACGCCAAACUCUUGAUUGUAAUUAAAUAUUGGCGAUAUUUCACAGUAAACAAACCUAUCUUGACAAACACAACUUCGCCAUUUAUUGAAAGAAGUCGGAGAAAAUUUCCUCCAUUGGAUUGGUUGUUGACCCGCGAAGCUCUCCGAAAAGAGCCGAAAUCAAACAAAAUGGCAUCGUGUGCAGUAAAUUUUAUGAAACUCUUCAAUUUCAAGUCAUAUCAAUUGGUUACUAGUAAUUUGACACGCGUAAAUAUUAACUUCAUUCAAGUUCGUGACUAUGCAGCACGUAGAGGAACUAGGGAGAAAAGAUUAAAAUUGCUUAGGGCCAAAAAAAAUUCAAAGAAACCAGAAGAGAAAACUAAGGGGAAAAAAUUGAAAGGAAUUACAGUACAACCUGUGCACCCUCGCAUACAAGAGGAAUUGAAACCAUCUUGUAUUGAUGAUGUUGUAGUGACUAAAUAUUAUAGAUGGAAAGUAUAUGAUUUUGCUGAAGCCAUCCAAUGUCAUAGGGAGACUCAUCAUCCAACUGUUUAUAACCAACCAGAUUCUUAUGUCCAAGCCCACAUAGAACUUGACAUGACAGCUGCAAAAAAGAAUCGAUUUGUGGAUAAUUUUUCAAGAUUGGCAACUGUUGCCCAUCCUUUUCCAAUGGGUGAUCCUCGAUCAGUGAUUGUGUUCUGCAAAACAAGUGAAUUACAGAAUGAAGCCAAAGAAGCUGGAGCAAAUUUAGUGGGAGAUUCUAGUCUUAUUAGAGAAAUCGAGAAAGGCAAUGUUUUUAUUAAGGAUUUUGAUCAUGUACUUGCUCAUCCCAACGUACUUCCCGAAAUGGUGUCAAUUAGAGGACUUAUGAGGAAAACAUUUCCCAAUGCUCGAGCAGGUACUUUGGGAGUGGACUUAACAAGCAUGAUUAAAAGAUUCCGUGAUGGUAUUCGUUACUCUGCCCAGAAGGAUGAACAUUGGCAAGAUUUUGGAUUAAUAAAAGUUAAUAUUGGAAAGUUGGAUAUGGAAAUAGAGCACUUACAGGAAAACUUGCAAAAUGUGCUCAGAGAUAUCCACAGUGUCCGGCCAAAGAGGAAAGGACCAUUCAUUACGAAAGUGUUAAUUUGUAGUGCACCAUCUGUUGAAAAAUUUAAAAUUAAUUUGGCAGCAUUGCUUCCUGAACUAGCAUCUGAUUUGGAAGAAGCAAGUGAUAGUGAUGAAGAUGAAGAAGAUGACGGUGAUAUGAGGAAGAGGAAGAUGAGAGCUAUUUCUGCAUAAUGCCAGUAAAAUAAUAGAGUUUCUUUUAUUGGUUUGUAAUUACAUAUUUCAGCUACAUUUAGUGCACAUCUCCCAACAAAUUAAAAACAUUUAGCAAAGAACUAUGUAAGAAUGACAGUAUUUGUUAUAAUUUUGUAGCUAUCUUUGUAGUAUACUGUUUGUGAAAUUUUAUCAAAUCUUUUGUUAAAUAAACAAAUUACUUCACAAGGUGCUUUUCUUAUUAAUUAUUAAAUUGUGAGUUGUCAUUAAAAAGUAUUUUAAGGAAUUUGUACAAUGUACACUAAGUAUUCAUAAUCAAAGAUGAUUUUUUUUAACAGCUGUGUAAUUUUAAAUCUUCUGCAAUUGUUUCUUGAUCUUCUGUGCUUCUGAUAUCUCUCACCUUUGUGAAUUAGUAUUAUCAUGAGAUUCCAUUGUUUCCAAAUGAUAUUUUUAUUCUAUCAAACACUCCUAAGUGAGAGCUCUUUGGAAAACAAACAUACAGCAGUCAUAGAAAUUCUAUGAUUUGUGCAGUUUUGCAUGCUAGAGGAUCAGAGAAUUCAAAAGAAGAGUGAUUGUCACAAAAAAUAAAGGGUAAUAUUUCCACAUCACCCUUUCUAACAUUCUUGAAAUAUCAAGGUCUCAUUUCCAGUAAAUGAAUUAUUGAAAAAUGCUACUAAAUGUUGUAUUAGGGUGAAAAUUAUGCUUAGCCUUACAUGUAAAAUUUUAAGAAAUAAAAUUACCUUGCCAAUUACAUAAUCUUCAAUAACAUGUGCUAAUGUACACUUAAACUGUGAUUAAAGUGGAGACAAGUAUAGUUGUAGUUAAGAAGGGGAUAGUUGAAAGUAGUUGAGAAAAAAUUACAAAAAGAAAUGCCAGCAUGACGUAAUACUACACUUUGACCCCUCUACCCCCUAUGUAACGCAUCAUAAUGCUGCCUCUAACCUACUCCCCCUCUCUUCAGCAUUACUCACUUUAUGGACAACCGAAUAGGAGUGGUUUUGGUCUCUCAUGAUACUACAUUGGGAAGUAAAAAGUAUAAGGAAUGGCACCAUCUCAGUGCAAUAGACCUCACACAAGUGCCCCUGUGCUAUACCGUGUGACAAAAUGAAAGGAUAUUCUUAAAAGAUAUUGUGUGAUGAUGGGAAAGCCAGCCAUUCUAUAACACUUAAAUAUCCAUGCCAAAGUUGGACUGGAACUUCAGGCCCCAUUUAAAUGUACUCAUUAUUGCCCCAUAUCUUAGUGAUCACAAAAGUUUGGUUUGGCUUUAAUAUCAUUAGGUAUUUGUUUAUUUUUGUUUAAUAUUAUUUCAAUUUUUAAUUGAUUUUAGUAUGUGAUUAAAUCAUGUUUAUUUUAAGUGAAUUGUGUCUUCUGUUGUCAUGAAGGAGCUGGCCUUAGAUAGGUUUUGCUAUUAACUUAAAUAUACAUUGAACAUAGUGUUGUUAAAGAAUACUGUACUUUAAUCUUCAUUCAACCCUGUUCAUUGAUAUAAGAAGCACUUUUUGCUUGUAUGCAUAUGAACUAGUUGAUUUGUUGGUACAUUUCAUGAGCUGUUUUCUUUAAUUUGAAUUGAGAUUGUACAUUUAAAUAGUGGGGCUUCAACAGCAUGUACUUGCUCACAUUGAUAAUAUUUACGUAAAACUGUAAUACAUCUAUUUCUGCCCAUAUUAACACAUUUCAGCCAUCACUAGUAAAACUCGUUACCUAACAGCAUAUUAGGCAUAAAUAUUAAUCCAUCUAUUAAGUUAAUUCAUCAACACAAAUUUGACAAUCGAAAAUAGCAUUCCAUAUGCCUAGAGAAAAUGCCCAACUAUGAGAAGUUACUCUGAGUAUCUCAAAGUUCCAUGUCAUGGCAUUGCAAUUGUAAUAAUAAUAAUAUAUUUGUCACAUAAAUAAAGCAUUAGCCAUGCAUAACAAGUCAAGAUAUGUACAUAACCAUAUAAGUAACCGUAUAUGUACAUAACCAUAACCAAUAAAGACAUAUCAAAAAACUACAAAUUUGGUUCUAAAUACAAUACAGAAAAUUUUCAUGUAAUUUGUAACAGAAAAUAAUAUAAUACAAUACAAU